AUCCAAACAACAGGACUGGGGCUGGUGUUAUGGUGCGAGCUCAGCGCCCAAGAGUCGUGUACCUCUUGGUGGCGCUGGUAGCGCUGGUGCUGGGCUGUUGUGGGUGUUGUUGCAGGGGCACCAGUGAGGUUGGUGGUGGCGGUGUUGCUGAUCCCGCGUCAUCAACAACCACACGGCGUGGGCUGCCCGUGUUCACUGAGAAGGACGCCGUGCGUGCAGCGCAGGCACUGGUGCGACGCCGCCUGGGCAGCGACGCGCUCAACCACUUUGAGUUCUACCUGAUCAACACCACACACGAUGAAACGCUGUGCUUUGAGCUGGCAAACAGCAACACCAACGCAUCAGUCGUCACCAUCGGCGGAACAUCGCCCGUGGAGAUGGCGACGGGGCUCAACUUCUUCCUGCGCGAGUACUUGCACAUGUCCUUCUCCUGGAACAAGACUGGCGGAGACGUGAUCCAUCCUCUCCCAGCCACCAUGCCGGUCGUCCACUCGCACCACGCGCAUGUCAACAAGACUACCUUCUACACAUACUACCAGAACGUCGUCACCGUCUCCUACUCCAUGGUGUGGUGGGACUGGCAGCGGUGGGAAGAAGAGAUUGACUGGAUGGCCAUGAAUGGCGUCAACCUUGCACUCGCAUACACGGGCCAGGAGUACGUUUACCGCAAGGUGUAUGAGAAGCUUGGCGUGACGCAGGCGCAGCUUGCCGAGUUCUUUGACGGGCCGGCGUACCUGGCGUGGUCGCGUGGCCAGGGCGCCGCUGGCGUAGGAGGGCCACUGCCGUCACAAUGGUACAAGCAGCAGUGGGAGCUGCAACGCGCAAUCGUACAGCGGCAGACAGAGCUUGGUAUCGGCAGUCUGCUGCCUGCGUUCCAGGGCAAUGUCCCCGCUGCGCUGGCACAGCUGUAUCCGCACGCCAACAUCUCCAACGGGUGGCUGGACGGCCUCGACCCGCUCUUCGCAACCAUCGCCGACCUCACCAUGCAGGAACUCAUUGCGGACUUUGGCGCCACCCAUUUCUACCAGGCUGACGGCUUCUUCGACCACUCCACAGGCCCGUGGGUGGAUGGCUCCAGCUCACAGCCACCCGCACGCACACGCGCACCAUCACAGCGGCAGCAGCACCAGCACCAGCACCAGCACCAGCACCAGCACCAGCACCAGCACCAGCACCAGCACCAGCACCAGCACCAGCACCAGCACCAGCACCAGCAGCAGCUACUGCAGCAGUGGCCGGAUGCUGGUGUCACGUGCACGUUUUCCAAUGCCACCCAAGACACAUAUCUUGCCGGCUGCAGCCAAGGGUGCAAGGCCUUCGCCAGCCUCGCAGCUGCAAAAGCCGCGUGCGCCGGUGAGAUGACGUGUGGGGGCGUCACCUUCAAUCCGAGUGUGGGGCACUAUGAAAUGCGUGCAGGCAUGACGCCGCUGCCGUCGCCGUCAAACGAGACGUCCUGGUUCAUCACCAACGUCCUCCAGUGCCGCGACAUCCAGCCAGAUGCAGCAGCACACGCCCGCGCCAAGGCCGUGUACACCACCAUGACAAAGCGCGACCCACACGCCAUCUGGGUGUACCAAGGGUGGAUAUGGCUGGACCUCGACAACGCCCAAGGGUUCUCGUUCAUGUCCGGCUUCACCAGCGCCGUACCGCGCGGGCGCCUGGUCAUCUUGGAUAUGGAGGCGGAGUUUGACGAGAUCUGGGCGUGGUCGCAGUCGUUCUUCAACACCACAUUCAUCUGGGCCGCCAUGGACAACUUUGGCGGGAACAACGGCAUGUACGGUGACAUCCAGCUCGUCUUUGAUCGCACGCGUCGCGUGUUUGCACAGAGCGAUGCGGUCGUUGGCGUCGGCAUCACCAUGGAAGGCAUCGACCAGAACCCAGCAUACUACCAGGCGAUUGCCAUGUUCGUUGAGCAAGCUGUUGAAGCGCUCCAGGCAUCGACCUCACUGGACACGGGCGCAUUCAAGCAGCAAUUUCUUCGGUUCGCCGUGGACUUUGAGAAUACCCCAUACAAUGCCACGCUGUUCCCCCAUGUCCCACAGGAGGACCCACUCGCCGUUGCCACCGAGCUCUUUGCCAAGUACUCCAAGCAACACUCCACCACUUGCUCAUGUCUCUAGCCCGCAUGUGUGCUUGUUAUAUUCCAUCCCCCACCCACCACCACCACGCGCUGUUACAGUGUGACCACGCCUGCUCCUUCAUGGGUGUGCCUGCUCUCCUUCCCCUCUGGCUGUCCUUCCCAACAGCCGAUGUGGCUUUCGUGAACGAUUUCAUAUAAUUUUCUACAAUGCCA